CACUGAUUCUCCAUCUUCCUGGCAGAUUUGGGCACGUGAGCAUGGCACACCUGCUUCUGGAUCAUGGGGCUGAUGUCAAUGCCCAGAACCGGCUGGGGGCCCGUGUGCUCACUGUGGCCUCUCGGGGUGGCCACCUGGGCGUGGUGAAGCUGCUCCUGGAAGCUGGUGCCUUCGUGGACCCUCACAACCCCUCAGGCGAGCAGCCGGCGGCAGGGGACAGCAGGAAUGAGCUGCUGGACAUCACAGCCCUGAUGGCUGCCGUCCAGCACGGACAUGAGGCCGUGGUGCGUCUGCUGCUGGAGUGGGGUGCGGACCCCAACCACGCGGCACGGACUGUGGGCUGGAGUCCGCUGAUGCUGGCAGCGCUCAUUGGAAGGCUGGGUGUGGCCCAGCAGCUGGUGGAGAAGGGGGCCAACCCCGACCACCUCAGUGUGCUGGAGAAGACUGCCUUCGAGGUCGCGCUGGACCGCAAACACAGGGACCUUGCAGAUUACCUGGACCCACUGACCACCGUCAGGCCCAAGACAGAUGAGGAGAAAAGGCGACCUGAUAUUUUCCAUGCAUUGAAAAUGGGAAACUUCCAGUUGGUCAAAGAGAUUGCUGAUGAAGACCCCAACCACGUGAACCUGGUCAAUGGGGACGGGGCAACCCCCCUGAUGCUGGCAGCCGUCAUGGGGCAGCUGCCUCUGGUGCAGCUGCUGGUGGAGAGGCAUGCCGAAGUUGACAAGCAGGACAGCGUGCAUGGCUGGACGGCCCUCAUGCAGGCCACCUACCACGGGAAUAAGGAAAUUGUCAAAUAUCUGCUAAACCAAGGAGCUGACGUCACUCUUCGAGCAAAAAACGGGUACACGGCCUUUGACCUAGUGAUGCUGCUGAGUGAUCCUGACACGGAACUUGUUCGACUGCUGGCAUCUGUCUGCAUGCAGGUGAAUAAAGACAAAGGCCGGCCCAGCCACCCGCCACCCCUGCCCUACUCGAAGGUCCGACAGCCCUGGAGCGUCCCAGUGCUGCCCGAUGACAAAGGCGGGCUUAAGUCCUGGUGGAGCCGAAUGUCCAAUCGGUUUCGGAAGCUCAAAUUGAUGCAGACUCUGCCCCGUGGGCUGUCCAGCAACCAGCCGUUGCCCUUCUGUGAUGAGCCAGAGCCAGCACUGGACUCCACAAUGCGGGCACCCCCCCAGGACAAGACAGGCUGCUCUGGGCUCCCCGAUGUGGCCCCCGCAAUGAAAGACAAUGGUCCCGGGAGCACGAGAGGAGAAAAGGAAGAUGUGUUAUUGACAACCAUGCUUCGAAAUGGAGCCCCCUUCACCAGACUCCCAAGUGACAAGCUGAAGGCAGUCAUCCCCCCUUUCUUACCCCCUUCCAGCUUUGAGCUGUGGAGCUCGGACCGGUCCAGGACAUGUCACAACGGGAAGGCAGACCCCAUGAAGACUGUGCUGCCUCAGAGAGCCAGCAGGGGCCACUCCAUGGGCAACGGGAGCACAGACACUACUCCUGUCAGGCCGGUUAAAUUUCCAUCUCUCUCCAGAAGCCCAGCCUCUCCUGCCAAUUCUGGAAACUUCAACCACUCACCUCAUUCCUCAGGUGGCUCCAGUGGGGUAGGGGGCAUGAGUAGGCACGGCGGGGAGCUGCAUAACCGCUCAGGUGGCAGCAUAGACAGUGUCCUGUCCCAGAUCGCUGCCCAGAGGAAAAAAGCAGCCGGACUGUCUGAGCAGAAGCCCAGCCAUCGGUCAAGUCCCAUUGGGCCAGCACCUGGGUCCAGCCCUUCUGAACAACUGGGCUCCCCUGCAGGCGGUGGCAGUCCCGGUGGCAAGAAACUGGAGAUGAGCAAAAGGCCUCCAUCUGGAACUUCCACUACCUCCAAAAGUACCUCCCCCACCCUCACACCCUCCCCUUCGCCCAAAGGCCAUGCGGCCGAGUCCUCGGUGUCCUCCUCUUCGUCCCACCGGCAGUCCAAGAGCAGUGGGGGCUCUAGCAGCGGCACCAUCACCGAUGAGGAUGAACUGACUGGAAUCCUUAAGAAAUUGUCACUGGAGAAAUACCAGCCCAUUUUUGAGGAGCAAGAGGUGGAUAUGGAAGCGUUCCUCACCCUCACUGACGGCGACUUGAAGGAGCUGGGUAUUAAGACAGAUGGAUCCAGGCAGCAGAUUCUGGCAGCAAUUUCUGAACUGAAUGCAGGCAAGGGACGUGAGAGACAGAUUUUACAGGAAACCAUUCACAACUUCCAUUCUUCCUUUGAGAGCAGUGCCAGCAACACCAGGGCGCCUGGAAACAAUCCCUGUACAUGAUCCUCCUUCCUGUGGUCACCAGCGUGAGCUCUCUGAAUCUCAAAACUGCCUCCACGUAGCCAGUGCGCCAGCCACCCUCAACUCUUCCCCGUUCCCUGAAACACUCCGUGCCUCGUCACACCACUGUGCCUUAGUCAUGUUGUUCCCUCUGCCUGGAACACCCAUCUUCCCCUUCCCUGCUGUGGUAGUUGAUGAAGCUUGUUGCUGUAACAAACUCCAACACAUUAGAGACUUAGUCUCACUUAAAGUCUAGUAUGGCUGCUUCAGCUUG